AAUCGGAAACAGUGGAUCUGUUCAGUACCUAAGGAACAUUCUGAUACGCAUUAAUAUAUUAAUAACGCCACAUCAUUGUAGAUCUUUCUGGUCGUCAUAACUCUCAUAUUUCAAAUUUUAGUCAAGGAGAUACACUUGUUCGUAGUCUACAUAUGAACUGUUCUCAUCCGACAGUCAACAGUCAUUAUACUUUGGUCGAGGCCAUACGAGUCAUGUUACCUGACUAGUUACCGCCGUGAGGGUCACCAGUCAAACCUUCCAGUUGUACACAAUGCUCUAUGCCGCUGCUCUUGUGUUUUUCCAACAUGUGUUCAUCAUUGCCGCUGCUGCAAGUACAGGUCAAGUUGUUGUCGUCGUCACUGACUUCAGUGGCGGUAUCUACAAAUACACCAUGAACGGUGACGUCGCAACGCCGAUGGAGCCGUCAUUCCUUGAAACCAGCAAGAAGCCCUUACCCUUAGAUUACGACCCUCUCUAUCGGCAACUGUACUGGGUGAGACGGUCGACCAAGACGAUCAUGAAGGCAUCUUUGGACGGUAGCAACAAACAGACUUUUCUCAAAACGUCAGCAUCCAUCCGAGACAUCCCUAUCGACGCGGAAACCAGGCAGAUGUUUUACAUUGAUGAUACCACCAAUGCUAUUUAUUGCGUGAAUAUGACGACUAAGAGCGUCUCAAGAAUCAUAAAUACGAAAAGUGAUCCUCAUUCACUGGUGUUGGAUACGUCGCGAAGGCUCCUGUAUUGGACUGAUGUUGGGAAGGGAGAAAUUGAACAAGUUUCAUAUGAGGGAACCAACAGAAUGCUGCUAGCACGAACAGGACGCUGGCCGACGGGACUUGUUAUGGACCAAAAAGGUGACAAUCUGUUCUGGUGCGACGCACAAGCUACACAGAAAAACAUAAUGAAAAUGAACAUAAAACUGAAGAAGAUUACUGUCCUACUGCAGGGGGGAGACGUACUAUGACGCAGCAUUCUUUGAUGGAAAACUUUACAUCACUGCCCGAAGUGACAGGUCGCACUUCUUCACAUUGUCCGAACAAGGGGGCAACGAAAUAUCGCACAGCCUUCAUCGGACCAUGUCAGAGUGGAAAAGAAUAAAAGUCUUCCGAUAUUUUGAAUGUGACAAUGGCAGUUAUGGGAUCAACUGUAAUUCUACCUGCCGAAUGUGUGCUGGGAAGGAUGUCUGUGACCCAGCAAGUGGAUAUUGCCCAUCAGGAUGCCAGCCCGGGUGGAUAGGAGACAUGUGUGACACAGGUUGUGCUGAGGGUCAUUAUGGGGUCAACUGUAAUUCUACCUGCGGAAAGUGUGCUGAUGAGGAUGUCUGUGACCCAGCAAGUGGACAUUGCCCCUCAACAUGCCAGCCCGGGUGGACAGGAGAUAAAUGUGAUACAGAGUGUGGUGAUGGACAUCAUGGCUUGAACUGUACAUCUACAUGUGGUCGGUGUUUUGGUGAUAAUGUUUGUCACCAUGCUACUGGACAGUGUUUCUCUGGUUGUCAAGCUGGGUGGACAGGCGAGAGAUGUGACAUAGAAUGUUCUGGUGGCAGUGAUGGGUUUUCAUGUCCGCGCACCUGUUGCCGAUGCCUUGACCGAGAGCAAUGCUACCUGGCUUCAGGUCGUUGUGACACUGGAUGUGAAGCUGGCUGGACGGGGUCCAUGUGUGGCAAAGAAUGCUUCGAUGGGUAUUUUGGUGUCAACUGCAGUUCUACCUGUGCUAACUGUAAAGAUGGAACUGUCUGCAGCAAGGAGAACGGACACUGUCCAUCGGGUUGUCAGCCAGGCUGGACAGGUGACAGAUGUGAUAUGAGAUGUCCUAACGGCAGCUAUGGAGCUGGGUGUCAACAUACAUGUGGCCGAUGUCUGAACGGACAGCCAUGUGACAAGGCGACAGGUCGUUGUAUGGGCGGAUGUGAACUCGGCUGGACAGGAAACAUGUGCAACAAAGAGUGUAGCGCUGGGUAUUUUGGUCUCAACUGUAGUUCUACCUGUGGUAACUGUGAAGGUGGAACUGUCUGCAAGAAGGACUUUGGACAUUGUCCAUCAGGAUGUGAACCAGGAUGGACUGGUGACAGAUGUAACAAAAGAUGUCCUAACGGUAGCUAUGGAGCUGGGUGCCAACAUACAUGUGGCCGAUGUCUGAACGGACAGCCAUGCGACAUGGCGACAGGUCGUUGUAUGGGCGGAUGUGAACCCGGCUGGACAGGAAACAUGUGCGACAAAGAAUGUAGCGACGGUAACUUUGGAGUCGCUGUAGUUCCACCUGUGUUAACUGUAAAUAUGAAACCAUCUGUAACAAGCAGAAUGGUCAUUGUCCAUCGGGGUGUGAGAAAGGUUGGACAGGUGACAGAUGUAACAAAGUGUAGCGCUGGGUAUUUUGGUCUCGACUGUAGUUCUACCUGUGGUAACUGUGAAGGUGGAACUGUCUGCAAGAAGGACUUUGGACAUUGUCCAUCAGGAUGUGAACCAGGAUGGACUGGUGACAGAUGUAACAAAAGAUGUCCUAACGGCAGCUAUGGAGCUGGGUGUCAACAUACAUGUGGCCGAUGUCUGAACGGACAGACCUGCGACAAGGCGACAGGUCGUUGUAUGGGCGGAUGUGAACCCGGCUGGACAGGAAACAUGUGCAACAAAGCAUGUGACGAUGGGUAUUUUGGUAUCAGCUGCGGUUCUACCUGUGCUAACUGUAAAGAUGGACAAAUCUGUUACGAAGUGAACGGACAUUGUCCAUCAGGGUGUGAGCCUGGCUGGACUGGUGACAGAUGUGACAAAGAAUGCCCGUUUCUAAGCUAUGGAGUUGAAUGUAAAUUGUCAUGCGGUCGAUGCUUGAACAAAGAAUCCUGUGACAAGAGAACUGGAGCGUGCAGAACUGGGUGCAUGUCGGGAUGGACUGGACUCAAAUGUGACACAGAGUGCAUGGAUGGUCUGUACGGCAAGGAAUGUAAGUCCUCAUGUACCAACUGUCUGAAUGAUACUACUUGCGAAAAGGAAACCGGCCAUUGUCCAAUAGGCUGCAAGGAAGGAUGGAUUGGAGACAGAUGUGACAGAGAAUGUCCAGCUCGCACUUAUGGAGCUGAAUGUCAGAUGCCAUGUGGAAGGUGCUUGGGUGGAGAAUCAUGUGACAAAAUUACCGGGACCUGCAUGGGAGGAUGUGACGCUGGGUGGACUGGGCCCAAAUGUGAUCAAGAAUGUGCCCCUGGUCAUUUCGGUGAUAACUGUGACUCCACCUGCACGCAAUGCAAAGGGCAUCGUUGUGAGGCAACACAGGGAUACUGCCUGGAUGGAUGUCUACCCGGCUGGACGGGCAUUCAUUGUACAGCUGAAUGUCCAGAUGGCACGUAUGGUGACGGAUGUCUCUCAAAGUGUGGCAGGUGCGUGACCAACACCUCGUGUGACCCCGUGACUGGUCAGUGUGGUGCUGGCUGCCUACCAGGCUGGAAAGGGGAGAUGUGUCGUGAAGGGUGUCCUGUAGGUAGGUAUGGAGAUGGUUGCACAUCAUCCUGCAACAAGUGUCAGUCUGGACAAUGUGACACGGUAGAUGGCACCUGCCGGCUGCAAGCUAACAUGACGGGUGAAACAGGACCAUCUAUGUUAGUGUUCCUGUUGAUUGGAGCAUGUGUUCUGCUGAUGAUUUUACUGCUCAUAACUUCGGGAAUUGCAUGUGUGUUUCGAAGACGCCUGAACCGACUUUCUACAAAACCGAUGGAUGGUCAAGCCAACGGUUACUUCAUGGAGAACGAGGGAUAUAGACCAUAUUCCCCAUCACCAAGCAGCAACACUGAAGCAUUCCUGUUCAACCCUAUGUACAACACAGGCUUAGAUGUUAUGCCUCCAGCUUCCAGUGAAAACCAACAAAGUCUCCUGGACACGGACGUUCCUACCAGUUGAGCAGUUGUUGCUCCACACAGGAGCUCAAUGCAGGAGAGGAAUGACUAUAAUAGCAUUAGAGGAGGCAACCCACCUUCGUGACAAAGUGGCAUCACUGAUAAAUCAUAGUAUACUAAUAGUUGGUCGAUAUAGUAUCGGAAAUAAUAUUCCAACUAGAGACAAUUAACAACUUUAAACCUACAUUCAUGGCCAAGUGCCAGGGACUCUUGUAGUCUUUUAGUAAUAUGGAUGAAGAGGUUCAAUGAACGAUUUUCUAAAUUUGUAUCUUAUGAUCAUUUAUUUUCUCUUCAAGACUAAAUCGAACUUUGAUGACUGAUGUAAAUAGUAACCGAUGUUUGUGUUAAGCGUUAUCGCCGUUGGAUAUCAAUGUGUAGAUUGUUGUUUCGUCGAUCUUGUCUGUGAAUAUUUUCAUCACUUAAUCCUGUUGUAGCAAUAUGUAUAUAACCACGUUAUGACAUUAGACUUCAUAUAGACUUCAUGUAUUGUAGGCUUCAACCAAAACUCCUGGGGACCACCCAGCCGCACAUAAAUAGGUGUAUUACCCUUCUGACUAAUGCUGAUAUAAAAAUCAGAGUGUCGGUUUUGUAACUUCCGGCCUGAAUGGCCUCCAUUUGCUGAAAGUUUCUUAUGUUGAAUUAAACCACAAAGGGACAAUAAAAACGAUAGACUGCAGACUGAGAGGAAAAGACCAACACUGCGUUGUACAAGAAAUCUGUAAGAGGCGGUGCUGUGAAAUACAACUCCUCGAAUACGAUUGGGAGCAGGGCUAAUUGACAAGCAAUAUGUACAAUUAUAAGCAAUUAAUCAAGAAAUUGAUCGGAAAGUUGAUGUGGAUGCGCAAUCUAAAAUGACAAUAGUGAUGUUACCGAGGAUAUAUUGAAUCUAGGGGGAGGUAAUUUGAACAGCACAUUAUGAAAUAAUUGAAUAAGUGAACUUUAUUGCAGGGUUAAGUACAGCUGGAGUCUAUGAUCUUUUGUCGAAUCAUAUUUGAAACUGCUAACAGAGCCUUGGCCAUGGUGGUAAAACAGCCGGCAACAACUACUCCAACCAGCUAUAGGCCAUGGAAGUAACAUGGGAUCAGCCAUGUAUGUUGUUAUAGUCCAUGAAACAGCUGAAUGAAAAUAAACAUUCAAAAUAUA